AGUAAAAUACUAUCUAUCUCCCUUUUUUUUAACUAUCUAUCUCCCUCUUUCCCCAAAGAAUAGUAGAACAAAGUGGCAGUAAUCAAGAUGAAGAAGACAUCAUUGACAUCUCUGUUCUUAGGAUGUUACAGGAUAAAUAACGCGAAUAGAUACGAAGUAGAGGAGAAGGAUCACCCGAUGAAAAUAAGAACUUGUCCGGUGUUCAAGAGGCUGUCUUUGUCGGACAUAAGUGAUCCAAGCUCGCCCAUGUCGUUCAUGGAUGAUCUCUCAAACUCCUUCACAUCUGACAAGCUUCGUUUGUUUUCGAUGUCCGAGCUGAGAGUGAUUACGCAUAAUUUCUCAAGACUUAGCAUAUUGGGAGAAGGAGGGUUUGGGCCGGUUUACAAAGGAUUUAUUGAUGAUAAGGUUAAACCGGGUUUAAAAGCCCAACCGGUUGCAGUUAAGGCACUUGAUCUUCAUGGUCAUCAAGGUCAUAGAGAAUGGCUGUCAGAGAUAAUAUUUUUGGGACAGCUAAGUAACAGACAUCUUGUUAAGCUCAUAGGGGUUUGUUGUGAAGAAGAGCAAAGAGUACUUGUUUAUGAGUACAUGCCGCGAGGUAGCUUGGAGAAUCAACUCUUUAGAAGAAAUAGUGUAGGACUGGCAUGGGGACUAAGGAUGAAGAUAGCCCUUGGAGCCGCCAAAGGUUUAGCAUCUCUCCAUGAAGCAGAGAAACCUGUUAUCUACAGAGAUUUCAAAACCUCCAACAUAUUAUUAGACUCCAACUAUAACGCCAAAUUAUCUGAUUUUGGUCUGGCCAAAGAUGGACCUGAAGGAGAACAUACACAUGUAACAACUCGCGUAAUGGGGACACAAGGUUAUGCUGCACCCGAAUAUAUUAUGACUGGUCACUUGACGACAAUGAAUGAUGUGUACAGUUUUGGAGUCGUUUUGUUAGAACUGCUAACCGGGAAACGAUCAAUGGACAAUACCCGGGUACGGAGGGAACAAAGCCUCGUGGAGUGGGUUCGGCCAAUGUUGAGGGAUCAAAGAAAGCUAGAGCGGAUCAUUGAUCCGAGGCUGGAAUGCCAAUACAAUACCGAGCAAGCUCAGACAGCUGCUACCUUAGCCUUCAAGUGUCUAAGCCAAAAUCCCAAGUAUAGACCAACUAUGUCUAAAGUGGUAAAGGUCUUGGAGCCUAUCCAAGAAGUUCAGGCAAAGGAGCCUGAUAGUAACAACAAAGAAACAAAGAUGUUUAUGGAUAGAAAAAAGUGUAGGCAUUAUUGUAAAUGCCAAAAACGUGUGAAUAUCGCUUAUUCAGAUUCUCUCCUUUACAAGGAAUCAGGGACAAAGCAAAAAAUUGGGAUUUGA